AAUCUCUUUCAGGUUUUACUGAAGCAUCGAGAAUCAUCUACUCCGAAGUUACAGUGCCGAGGCGGCUGGAGGCAAAGGACGGGACCUUCAGAGAGGUCAUCUGCUUUUUAGGAAACGCUUUUUUGACGACGGCUCUAGACCAUGGCCUCUGCAGGGGCGGUGGGGGGAACAUGUCCUAUUUAAUAACGGCAGAAGGAAACCACCACGUUGUCCAUCUGAUGCAGGCAAAAAAUUUGAUAGCCAAAGACAUCCCCGUUUUCACAUACAGUGCAGAGGGAGACCUGAUAACCGAGUUUCCAUAUAUUCAGGAUGACUGGUGCUAGGAGGGGGUUGUGGAAGGCUCCCCGGGAUCCAUCGUCUCCCUCAGCACGUGCUUCGGGAUCAGUGGAGUUUUGCAAACUGGAGAUCUGAGGUACGAAAUUGAGCCCGUGGAGAACUCCUCAACGUUUCAACACCUCAUUUACCGAAGGGUGUUGGAAGGUAGCUCACGUCGGCUGUGCCAAGUGCCCGAAGAGCACAAGGACCAUCUGGCUGAAGAUGGAGAACUUGCAAACGGGAGUCGUAAAAUCCUUGUUAUCGAAGAGGUGCCUGGUCUCCAGAUCCUGCCCGUGCCCACCAGACACUUGGACCUGGCUCUGAUCACAAACGAAGAGCUGUUUAAAGUCAACAACUACAACGAAACCCUGGUGCUACAUCUGUUCAUCUCCAUAAGGAACCUACUGAACACGGUGUACAAGCACAUGAAGCUGCAGACCAUCGUCAUCGCGGUGGAGAUGUGGACCAGGACGGACCAGGCGAUGACCGCCCGCAGCCUGGCCCGGACACUGCAAGUCUUUGCUGCCUGGUGUCAGAGGGAUGCCAUCGGUCACAUCAAUUACGACCAUAUCCAGUUACUGCUAGGCCAGCACUACAAGGAACGGGGAUUUGCCUGGAAGGGGACAAUGUGCCAGAUGAACUCCAUGGGUGUUGUCUCGGUAAGGGGAGUCCUCGCAGGUUUGCACCUCCUGAAAGGAAAAAUAAACCUUUCAUCUUGCUUGGCAUUCAGUAAUUGCACUAUGGGAGAAUAUUACAAUGAAGUAAUAAGAAAGAAUCUACCUUGUCUACUCAACAUACCAUCUUUAAAACCAUUUCUUCUUGAACUCUGCGGUAAUGGUGUCUUGGAAAAAGAGGAAGAAUGUGAUUGUGGUAGUGAUGAGGCAUGCCUCCAAGACGGAUGCUGCUUCUCCUCCAGCUGCUUGCUUGCACCAGGGGCUGCUUGUUACAGAGGUGAAUGCUGUCACAAACGUCAGUUUCAGCCAGCAGGAAAAAUCUGCAGAGAAGACAGGAGCGUAUGUGAUCUCCCUGAGUGCUGCAACGGCUCCUCAGGGACCUGUCCCAUGGAUGUUAAGGAAGACAGAAGCCCAUGCAGUGACAAGGACCGCUGCUACGACGGCCACGGCCACAGCCACGAGGCACAAUGCAAAGCUUUAUUUGGCAGAGCCACCCACUGUGCCCCGCUGAGCUGCUUCAGGGAAGUGAACGUUCGAGGCGACCGGUGUGGGAACUGUGGCUGGAACGGGACGUACUACACAAAAUGCCUGGAAGAUGUUGGGAGCUGCAAGGAAUAUGGGAAAAGCCGCUGGAAUGCUUCUUUUACUCUUCUUGAUUUUGGCCUUUCUGCUGUACAAGAGGGUUGCCAUUGCUCGGUGGAUCCGAAG